GUGUCCGCGUGUCACAGAAGUGUACACGCGCUUAUUCUGCUGUUCGGUGUUCUGUUCGCUACCAGUUGUUAUUAUUCCUGUAAUUCGGGUGUCUUUUAUGAGUUCUCAAAAGCAGCAGAAGCCAACGCUAACAGGCCAGCGUUUUAAGACGCGAAAAAGAGAUGAAAAGGAGAGAUUUGAUCCUACACAGUUUCAGGAGUGCAUUGUACAAGGACUGAAUCAAACUGGCACUGAUUUGGACGCUGUUGCCAAGUUCCUUGAUUCCUCUGGUGCCAAGCUUGACUACCGGCGCUAUGCAGAAACCCUCUUUGAUAUCCUGGUGGCUGGUGGAAUGCUGGCUCCAGGAGGUGCCUUAUCUGACGACAUGAAUCGAACUCACUUCUGUCUCUUCACUGCAGACGAGGAUGUUAAAACCAUGCAGGCAUAUGCUCAGGUUUUUAACAAGCUCAUCAGGCGUUACAAGUACUUGGAGAGAGGUUUCGAAGAGGAGAUAAAAAAGUUGCUCCUGUUUUUAAAAGGGUUCACAGAGUCUGAGCGCAACAAACUUGCCAUGCUCGCUGGCAUAUUACUGGCUAAUGGGAAUGUAUCUGCUUCAAUCUUAAGCAGCCUCUUCAAUGAGAACUUGAUCAAAGAAGGCUUGUCUCCAGCCUUUGCUGUCAAUCUGUUCAAAUCCUGGAUCAAUGAGAAGGACAUUAACUCUGUGGCUACCAGUCUCCGUAAGGUUGGCAUGGACAGCAGGUUGAUGGAGCUGUUUCCAGUGAACAAGCGAAGCAAUGAAUAUUUCUCUAAAUACUUCACUGAUGCUGGCCUCAAGGAGCUCUCUGAUAUUUCUCGUAACCAGCAGUCCUUAGGAGCUCGCAAGGAGCUACAAAAAGAGCUCCAAGAGCAGAUUUCUCAAGGGGUUUCUUUUAAAGAGAUCAUCACCUAUUGCACAGAAGAAAUGCAGAGGAGCAGCAUCACGGAGCAGAAGAUGAUUGGUAUCAUGUGGAGCAGUGUCAUGAGCACAGUGGAAUGGAAUAAGAAAGAGGAGCUGGUCACUGAACAAGCCAUUAAACACUUGAAGCAACACAGCCCUCUUCUGAAGGCCUUCUCCACACAGGGCCUCUCUGAGCUUGGCCUACUGCUGAAGAUCCAGGAGUUCUGCUAUGACAACAUCCAAUUCAUAAAAGCCUUCCAGAAGAUUGUCUUGCUGCUCUAUAAAGUGGAUGUUUUGAGUGAAGAGGCUAUUCUUAAGUGGUAUACUGAAGCUCAUCUGGCCAAAGGAAAGAGUGUUUUCUUGGAUCAGAUGAAGAAGUUUGUGGAGUGGCUGAAAAAUGCUGAAGAGGAAUCUGAGUCUGAGGAGGAGAGUGACUGAGUGUCUUAAGCCAGAACAUCCAUUCUGAAUUAAGGUGGAUGGAGAUGUAAAUUCACCUGAAUUCUGAAAAUGUCCUGAUUUAAGGGCUUAAUUGCAAUCUUUUAAUAUUUAGCGCGAGAGAGAGCUACAUCUACAUGCCAGUCAUGAAUUUACAGCUGCUUAAACCUUUUUCUGAUGACAAUGGUGCAGUGCAAGUCUUAACCUACAAGUUAAGUGGAUUUUUCCUUCAGGGAUUUCAAAAACCUGAAUGCUUUUAUUGUCUUUUUUUUUUUUUAUAAUAAUAAUAAUAAAGACAUUUGAAAAUCAGAUUU